AGUUCAAAAUUUAAUUAUAUUUUUAAUUUUAUCUAGACGUGUGCUUAGAAGUAAUGGAAAAAAAUCGCCUCGUCUAUCCUAUCACUGCGAUAAUUAACAUCUCAUCGCGUCAAAAUCAAACCUCAUUUUUUUUAUUGCGAUCCAUAGCGAAGCGUAGACAAUUCAAUCCGAUCCGAGAACUCAUUUCAACUCAGGCGACCUCAGGGAAUCAGGAGACCCAUUAAUCGAUCAGAGAGAAGAAGAGGGAAGGAGAGAUCCUCGUGGCCAGCUCAAGAAACGGAUCGGCCAUGGCGCCGCCGCCGCGGCGAGGGGAGGAGGAGGGGGACGGGAGGGAGUCGGCGGCGGCGCUGCGGGCGCCGGCGCACGUGAUGGCGCGUGUGUUCUCGCAGCUGGACUGCGUCGACCUCCUCAGCUGCACCCUCGUCUGCAAUCACCAGGCAAUGGUACCAAGAUUCUGCGGAGCUCAGAGAGGAGUGGAGAAAGGAGUACCUGGAUGCUUGGAACCAGUUCGGAUUGUCCGUAACGUGUGAGACGCAACCACUAUGUCCUACUUGCUCAAUCAGAAGCCUUCGUAAUCUGUGCCCUUGACCUUGCUGCUCUCUGCACCUAGUCAUCUUCAUUUUAACCAGGCAGAAUGGAGCACUGGAUUUUAUUGUUGAUGGGCAUUGUUACAAGGAGAUCGUGUACAUGGAAAGAAAAUUGUUCUGUUGUAGGUGUAUAAUUACUAAUGUGCAAAUGUACAUGUUUGGUGAGUGAUAUGUUGUGCCAUAUUAUUCAAGAACCUCGUUUUAGGACUUGCCAGUACUAGAGAGUCUGUAUACUAUCAUUGUUGUGUGAUUUGCAGUUGUAUUAAGAUUUUCCUUCUUCGGAAGCGCUAAACAUCAAAUCCAACUUACUGCCA